AUGUCGGGCGGGACAUCAUCGGAGAGUUGGAGGUAUGUGGUAGGGGUCUCCAAAUUUGGUGUGAAUUUCCUGAUACAGGGACUUUUGAAAGCGUUUGGUGUUCUAGUUCCGGCCCUCGUCAAUAAAUUAGAGACAAACUAUGGAACAAUCGGCUUCAUGUUGGCCCUGCAAUUAACCGUGUUUUUCAUGGCAUGUCCUCUUGUGCGCAUCCUUGCAAAACGAAUCAACCCCAGGGCGCUUUGCAUUGUGGGUAGUGUGGGAUCAAGUGCAGCAAUUAUAGCUUCCGCUUUCGUCGAUUCACCCGUCUGGUUUGGAUUUGCUUUGUUCAUGACUGGGCUCUUUAGUUCCCCGAUAAAUCAGAUAUCAUUCGAGGUUCUGCAUCAGUAUUUUGGAGAACAGUUCGGCUUCGUGAAUUCCAUAUGCCUCCUGGGAGUUUUAUGUGGCGGUAUGGUAUUUCCUGUCCUCACCUCCAAGCUUCAUGACGCCUAUGGACUUGAGGGCGCUCUUCUUUGUCUUGCAGCUAUAUUUCUCCAUUGUAGUCCUAUAGCAGCUACCUUGCGACCACAACGUUCUUCAACAAAUGGAUUUUACCGAUUGCCUGCGUGUGAAGAGGGUGACAUUGGAAGAGUCAUUGAACUCCCCGAAGGAGCAUCCUCAGAGGAAAAUAAUCCAACUUUGCAGCCUGAUGAUUAUGAAACCGCGGAACAAAGCAACUCUUCUGCAGUCAGUCAGAAUGAAGAAGAUAGUGCAAAAUCAAAACUCGACAGAGUCGUAGACUUCCUCUCGGUUAUUUUGAAUAUUCCAAUGCUUGCUCAAGAAAAGGCAUUCUGUUUUUUCUUCUUGCCAUGUAAAUACAUUUUACAGGUCACCAUGGUAAGUUGGACACUCUUCGUGGUGUCUUAUGGAUUGACAAAAGGCCUUGAUGAAUCCCUCGCAGCCUACCUACCUGUGGCUGGUGCUCUGGGCGGUUUCAUCAACCAAGUGGUUGUCACCAUCAUUUUGCAUUUUCGUCCACACAGCGGUGCGAUUAUUUUUACCGCAAACAUGGCAUCUGUAGCCGUAGCAUUCUUCCUUUACCAACUUAGUGUAUCCUUCAACCAUCUCCUUGUGUGCUCCUUUUUUGCCGGAGGUGGGAUUUUCGGAGCCUUCCCAGCCUCGUACUCUGUCCUGGCUCUUUACGUCGCAACAGAAAACUUUGCCAGUAUGCUCUCCAUCAAGUGUUUUGUGACAGGGGCUGCUGUAAUUUCGUCAGGUUACAUGACAGGCGAAUUAUGA